GUGAAAAGACCGGUGAUGUUAGUCGGGGUUCCCGGACCAUCGGCAGAAAGAGGAUAAUCAUUGUCAUCUUCGUUUUCUGCUUGUUAUAUAUUUUUAUCUCUUCAUUGCCGGAUUUUUUCAUCCCUUGAAUGUGCUGGAUUUUUCAAAGGUUAACUAUGAAUGGAUUACAGCAGCAUCGGAAUUUCAAGUUGUGGAUUAUUGUUUGCCAAUACUUCUGGAUAUAUGUAGCAAGCAGCAAGACUAAGACUGUGAUAGAAACUGUGCACGAAUUCUACGCGGUAGCAGGUGGACGCAUCUCCCUCCCUUGCAACAUCAGCGCUCCGGCCAGCGAUGACGUGGUCACCCUGGUACUCUGGUACAAAGGAGACAUGCGCGUGCCCAUAUACACCCUGGACGCCAGAAAGACACCCCUCGAGAAGUCCAAACACUUCCCCAGUUCCAAGUUGGGCAGGCGCAUGCACUUCGACACCCACGUCAAGAUGCCCGGCCUGACGAUAGACCCGGUCCGGGGGGACGACGAAGGGAUUUACAGGUGCAGAGUAGAGUUCAGGAAGUUUAGGACGCUCAGCUACACUUACGAGCUUAAAGUUAUAGUUCCUCCCAGGGAGGUGAAUAUUAUAGAUGAACGAGGACAGAGGAUCGAUGAAACUAUAGGACCAGUAGACGAGGGUUCCAAUGUCACGCUUAUUUGUGAAGCGGAAGGAGGUUCCCCAACCCCCUCGGUGACGUGGUGGCGCGACUCGGUUCUUCUGGAUGACAGCUAUCACAUCACCACGCAGGGAAGUGUACGGAACGACAUGACGCUGGUCAGGCUUCGGCGCGCCGACCUCUCGGCCAUCUUCACUUGCCAAGCUGCGAACAACAACUUAACUGUGCCAGUGGCCAAUUCCGUCACCCUCGACUUGAACCUUCGGCCCUUGGAUGUUCGGAUCAUUAAUGUCGCCCCACACUUAUCCGCCGACAAGAAAGUCACGUUGGAGUGCGAGUCGACGGGAUCUCGACCAAGGGCCAUCAUGACCUGGUGGAAAGGUCCGGAGAAAGUCAAGACGGGAAACGAGGUCAUCUCGGACAACGGAAAUCUAACACUGAGUACUCUGUCCCUCGUACCCACGCCCGAAGAUCACGGGAAGAAAUUCACUUGCACGGCUGAAAACCCAUCACUGCCGGGCAGCAUCAUAGAAGACACUAGAACAGUCACCGUGCACUAUAUCCCAGAACUUAAAUUGGCGCUCGGAGCCAGCAUCCAGCACACGUCCAUCAAGGAAGGUAGCGACGUAUACUUCGACUGCAAUAUUCGAGCCAAUCCGUGGGUGUAUGACGUCGGUUGGAGGUUCCAAGAUCGGCCCCUGUACAGCAACCUGUCCGCCGGAAUUAUCGUCAGCAAUCAGUCCCUUGUCCUGCAGAGGGUGAAAAAGGAACACAGAGGGAGAUACCAGUGCGUCGCUUCCAACAGCGAGGGAGAGGGGAGGAGCGAAGAAGUUCAUCUUGAUGUUCAGUUUGCACCAGUAUGUAAGCAUGAACCCGGACAAGUAUUUGGUGUUGCUAAACUAGAAACGCUAAACAUUACGUGUGAAGUUGAAGCGGAUCCAACUGACAUCCAAUUCCACUGGACACUGAAUAAUACAGUAGAAAGUAUAGAAGUUAAAAAAUUCUUUUCUGAAGGAACUUCAAGUACUGUUUACUACACGCCGUACAACAUGCUAGGCUACGGUGCUUUGCUGUGCUGGGGUUCUAACACCAUUGGAAGGCAAAAGGAUCCAUGUGUUUAUCGAGUUGUACCAGUUGGUCCUCCAGAAGUCAUGCGCAAUUGCUUAGUCACAAACCACACAACCGUAUCACUCCUGAUACAAUGCGAACCUGGAUAUGAUGGGGGCCUUCCGCAAACCUUCCAUUUGGAAGUAUACAGCUCGACAAACGAACACCUGAGGAGUAACAUCACGGCAGAAGAAUCACCCACUUUUCUUGUGGAAGAUCUCCUGACGGGCACAUCCUUCAUUUUGAUUUUGUAUGCUGCCAAUGCAAAAGGAAGAAGUAAUUCGGUCGCAUUGAUGGCAAGUACGCUGAGACCGGCGGAGAGACACACAGCUGAAGAAGACAUCCCAACGUUGAUACCUAUGAUCGGAAUUUUCAUCGGUAUCAUAUUGGCAUUUAUCAUUCUGACAAUCGUCAUCGCAGUUGUUAUACGAUCCCGUACGAGAGGUCGACGGAAAGAAUCGGAAGAAGAGAAACAAGAAAAAUGCGAAAUUCCGAUCCAAAGUUAUAAAGAAGAAUCAAUUGAUUCAACGAUUGAAAGCCCUGAUGUAAUCCCCUCCGAUAGUCAAAUGUAUGCUGCAGACACGAAAAGCAUUCAUUUGGAAUGUACGAGGCGAAUGAAUGAAGAAAUGUACAAAAUUCUCAAACAGAAGCAGGACAAUUAUGAUCCCUUAAUUCCGAUUGCAGAACAAACGCACUCAGAGAUCUUACCGUACACAGAAUUAACAGUUAGAGGAUAUCAUAAGAGGCCAACAGCAACUUUACACAUGGAACCCCCAACGGAGUAUGCUGAUGUAUACAGGCACGGGGUUCGGACUCAAGUCUUACCCCUACCUGUGAGUGAUGCUCUCGACAAAAGAGUUCCAGAGUUGCCUUUAAUCAACAAUGUUCAACAAAAUACGCGGGACUGCAUUCGAGGUGACCACAUCGUUGCCACCACACCCUUAUGAACUCAGUGAUAUAUCAUUCUCAAAGGUCCAGUUUAUAUAACAUUAUCCCAAACCAUCAAUUUCUUCUACUGCACGAAAUCGUGUGCAUGUAUCAUAAUAAAUGUAUGCAAUUACGCAUGCACAUUCAAUUAUUAUGAAUUAAACUUCAAUUUACGUACUCACAUGAUUAUGUACAAGAAUAUAUUUAAGAAGAUAGUACAUACUCAUAUAAAAACAAUUUCAUACAAAACAUGGAUUCGCGAAGAAAUGAAAUAAUUCACCAAGUCAUUUUCCAACUUGUGAUGGCAUUAUAUCAAAUUAAUAGAAUUUAUUGUAUAUUUGUAAAAUAUAUAAAGGGACAGUGAUGUUUAAAAGAGUUAACGUCAAGGCGAUUCAAAGUCAGUUUGACAAGCAAGAAGUACAGCUCAAUUUUUAUUGAAUAACUGAUUUGUUUUUGGAAACUCUUAAUGUUGUGAUGCUACAAAAUGGUGGUUAUAUUGGGCGCAGAAAGCAAGAUGAAACAAAUUUUGUCUUUUACACUUUAACUGAAAAUGGAUUUUAUACUAUUUUUGAAAGUCACUCAGCAUUUCUGGUUGUAAUGAACAAAAACUUGGGAAGGUUUCAAGAAAUACAUAAUUUGAAGAAUGGAAGAGUCUGCAUUGAUAAUUUCUCGAUAUUUUAUACCUUAAAGAUCUACUAACUCAUUACCACAUUGAAUGUGUUGAAUUAAUUUAUAGUGUGAACAAGACUGCCAAUGUUUCUUUAAUAAUGACGUGAAUCUAAUAUUUAAAAAAUAUAUAUUUAAAAUUCUUUUAAGUAACUUUUUGAAGAUUCUAGUUUUAAUAUAAUUAUUUUUUAAUCAUCCACGUAUGUGGAAUAAAAUCAUGUAUGCACUUAAUAACUAAUUUCAUCAGCACGAACAUUUUAAAAAGAUGUUACCAUUGUAACUGUGUUUAAAAUAAAAAAUAAAUUAUGUUAAAUGCAUUUAGCUGUAGCAGCACAAUAGUAGCAAAACCUCCGAAAAAAAAAACGACAUGCUUAUGCAAUUUGCACGGAAGGCUAUUCACCUACGGAAACACAUUUUUUUUUUUUUUUUG